AUGUCUGCUCAAGUUUCCCCACUCGCUUUCAUCAUCCCCCGUCCACAUAUCCCUUCCUCUAUCCCUCGUCUAUCAACAAGUUCUUUCAUUUCUUCUGCUCCACGGACCCCUUCUCGUAGUCCAGUCGCGUCUCAUAUAUUCAUUUCCCCCCCAGCCCCCAAUAGGAACAGUACUGACUCAUGGAAUAGUUCAAACUAUGACUUUGAUGACCCCAACGUGGAGUGGAAGGAGGAUGAGGUCAGGUUACUUGGCAGGACCUUGGAUGCCCUCCCGGCUCAUCUUAUCACGCCUUUCAAUGGCUCAAUUCCACCUCCCAAUCUUCUUGACAAGAUUGCACGUGGUGUCACAGCUGCAAAAGGCCCUAAUGAUUGGCCUCACUCCGUCACCGCAACGCGUACUAAAUUGCUUGACCUCGCCCGUGCAAGAGCAAUGGAGGAGCGGAAAAGGUCCAUCAUUAAUGAGGAUGUUAUAUUUCUGAGCGGCAAUGCACAUUGUCCGAGCGUGCAUGGUGAACGGAGUAAAUGUGCUGAGCGCAACGAUACUCCCGUGGACGUCCUUCAGUCUACCACAAACACCCCUAGGCGCCAUCCGCUAUACAGGAAGUCCAGUAUGGAUUUCAUGACCGACGCAAAGACUGACCAUACGGAGAGCAUAGCUCGUCUUUCGCACCGUCUACAACGACACGAGCACACUUUCCACCACCCAUACCUCCGUCCUGCUCACUUGCGUCGUCCUACUGAACAUUCACUUGCUCCCUCUACGCCUAGUUCCUCAACCCUCAACGCCUCCAACAGUCAUAUUCGAAAGUCCACUGCGUCCUCAAAUUCUAACUCCACCUUCGGCACUCCCGUUUCUGCCUCUGUGCCUCUGCGUCCAUCCUCUCUGCGCAGGUCUUCUACUUUGACCCUCGCAAGCUCCUGCGACAUGCGCGUGGAUGCAGAAGGUGAUUCCGAGAACGUAUUCAAGACUUCCGAGUUCCGCCGUAGCGGAGGUGAUCCUCUGGGCACUACUGUUGGGGUAAAGGUCAAGAAAGCCCCUGUACAUGAUCUCAAGAUUGCUUCUCCAAGGACACCGUCAGCAAAGAAAGUGAAAACGCCUCUUCCUACCACAAAUACAAAUACUAAAACUAAACUUCCUGCUCUCUCUGUGAGCUCCCCGCCAAGGACACCUCCAUCCAAGCCCCGAGUGCUACCCCCCACAACAAUCAAAGCAGCCACGCCCAUCAAGCAACCCAAAUUUCGCAAGGGUCACAUACCAUCCCUCAGCAUCUCCACCGAUGAAGAGGAGAACGCACGCUCAAAACGUGCGAAGAAGCCCCGUAUUCGGGAACCAUCCUGGUCGCAUAUCGCGCCCCCAGAUGCUCGGCAGCCCCUUUUGGCAUCAUCGCAAAUUACAACUUCCGCACCCAAGGCUAACAAACGCGAGGCGAGCGACUCAGGGCGCAGCGCUGCCUCUGGGCCCAAGACCUCUUCCUGCUCGUCGGAUAAUGAUAAUGAAUUCUCCACUGCGAGCGUAGAGACCGCAGCGACAAGCGUCUCUCUCUCCAUCCCUGCUGCACCCAAGCCCAAGGUUAAACCUAAGGCUAAACCGAGCUUGCAGCAGAAGGAAGAACCAAAGCCCAUCCGCCGCAACCUCUUGCGCAACCCCUCCAUGUUUGGCCCCGAACUUCCAUGCCCACAGGCGACGCCAUCGCCUCCCUCACGCAUCCCGCUGUCAUCCCCAAUAUACGCUGCUUCUCCCGUACCCGUAGAUUCGUCCCCGAGUACGCCUUCUACGCCUGCGCUCACUAUUCAGACGCGUCCACGCACGCUGCGCCGUGCCGCGCGGAGGAUCUCAUUUGGGAGUCUUGCUAAUGCCCGUGCGGUGAGUCCUGUGGAGGGGGAGAGUGGGGCGGGUGUGCUUGGGCUUGGGAGUGCGUUCCAGCUUGCUUGA